UUCCAAAGUUGGACCGUCGCCAUGCCAAUCCUGUCGGAGCGUAUGAAGGAUGGCGUUCGGAAGCAUAAGUAUGCUUGCAUUGAUACAAGCCCCUUGUCAAACUAUGUUAUGCAUCCUUUUUGGAAUUGCUUGGUCGGGUAUUUCCCUAGAUGGAUUGCACCGAACACUCUUACUGUACUUGGGUUUUGCCUUACCGUUUUGGAUUUUCUCAUACUCACGUACUAUGAUCCGGAUUUUAAGUCCUGUCAAGACAUCCCACAAAUCAUUUGGCUCUUGUCUGCACUUCUCCUUUUCACUGCACACACAUUGGGUGAGAGGUUUGCUGGUUUACAUUAUGAAUUUGUAGAUGGCAUUGAUGGUAAACAGGCUCGACGCUUGGGGCAGUCUUCACCGCUUGGGGAACUUAUGGAUCACUGUUGUGAUGCCUGGACGGCAGCAUUUUAUCCUUCUGCCCUAUUUUCCAUUUUCUCAGGACAAAUGGACUCCAGCACACUAUUUACUUGCCAGUGGAUUAUUAGCGGAGGGUUUCUGAUUUCCCAUUGGGAAAAGUCAUUAACCGGUGUCCUAUAUCUUCCAUGGACCUAUGACUUUGGUCAGUUGGCAUUGGUCUUGCUCUUUGUCAUAACUUUUUUCACUUCCCCUUCCAUUUGGUUUAACCGCAUUCCUUAUCUCUCGAUGACCCUACCCGAGCUUACUCCUUACAUUGCUCAUGGUGUGUUUUGGCCCUUUUCGAUCACAAUCAGCGUCGUUAAUGUGAUUAUAGCUUGUGCUAAUGGCACAGCAAGGAUUCCCUCUCCAGAGGAUGUUAUCCGACCUCUAGCAGGGAAUUUCUUUGUAUUCGUCGCGUCUUGGAUUUGGAUGGAGUAUUCCCCCACUCAAAUAAUGGAUCGUUCGCCACGAUUUUUCUUGCUCUGUGCCACAACUGUGGCUGCGAAUAUUACAUGCCGCGUUAUACUGGCUGAAGUGACAAAGACAAAGGCUCCGAUGUGGUCCAACUUGAUAGGUGUGUAUAGCCUGGUCGUUUUUACAGUCUGUUUUGGCUUGCCCGUCUCCGCUGCUGCCAAAAUCGAAUUGCCCUGCCUGUUUGCGUUGACCUUUUUCGUCACCAUAGCGCAAAUACUCUUUGGGAAAGCCCUGGUAAGUUGUGAGAAAUGUGGCUGUGCCUAGAGUAUUUUGCAUCCCGUGCACAUCAGCCUUCGAUACUUAUCACUCCUUCGGGCAUUGUUCCUCCGUCUAGGUUGCUGUGGCAACUGCCGACGUGGGUCCACGCGGGAUCACUGGGCAGAAGUCGCGGCGGAGGGCGAUGAGACGGACCUACCCAGCACGGUGGAGCAGUGCUGA